CCCUUCUUCUCUCUUCCCCAACCGAGAGAGGGAAAAAGCGAAAAAAAGGCGAGGCAUAUAGUGUGAGAGGCGGGGAUCUGAACCCUCCCCCUCCAGCCUGUCUUCCCGGUGACCUGAACCCUCCCGGCAUCGAAUUCCGGUAGCCGGGCUGCUGGCGAAGCCUCCCGGCGAUGUGUCCCUUGCGCCUGAUUUUUGUCUUUCUCUCCGCCACACUCGCCGGAUACUUCGCAUGGAAGACGGUCCGGUCAACUCCCCAUUCCCCCAUUUUGGGCGACUCGUCCGGGAUCGAGGACUCCGUCGAUGGCGAUUCGGAGAAACGCCGAGGCACUGAUGCGAGAAAGGUGAUUGGAGAUGGGUUCUGGGUGUUUCUGGAUAUGGCCAGUGGGAGGUAUCUGUGGAGAGUGAUGAAGGGAAGGUGAGAAAGGGGUUGUGAAGGCAUUGAUGUGGCCUUUGAAUCGUAAUCUAUUAUUGUUGUAUUAGAAUGCAGUUGAUUAAUGUUUGGAGUUGUUGUUUGGAAUAAUGUUUUUUUCCUUUUUGGUUUUAUUGUUUCUCAUGAUUUAUGUACCUUUUUAAUUUUGUUUGUGGAAUCUGUUUAAGUGUAUGAACUAAAAACCCUAAUUACAUUGAGUUGAGGUUUUAUGUUGAUAUGAUUCACAUGAUGAAUUUGUUUAA